GCUAUAGAGACAGGGCUGAACUGGAGUUGCACAGGCUGUGGCAGAAGUGACUGAUCAUAAAAAUCUUCCAUUUGUAAAUUAUUUUGAUGUAAGAGCGUCCCAAAUUCACAUUCCAGAGGCUGAAAACUCCAUGAGGAAGGCAAGAACAGUGGUACACUGUUCUACCACCCAAUGGCAUGCAAAUUCAAAUGGUUACAAAUACUAAAUGGGAAGGGGGACUGGACUGACCUGAUGGCCUCCAUUGUAAUCACUGUCCCCAGCACUUUCAUUGUAAGAAGCAUAACUAAGAGCUGGGACGCCAGGAUCUAACUGUGCAGGCUUGAGUGGGCCUUAAUUUCUCUGCACCACAGUUUCCCCAUCUGUAAGAGGCAGAAUCUCCUGUAUCUCAUGGCUUGUUUUAACAAAAACAAGUCCUCAGACCUGUGCCUGGCUGUGGCAGUGACCACCGACCCCAACAUUUGCUUUCCCCUUCCUCAUUAGUUUCAAAUGGCUUCCACGAUAUGCCGAAAAAGCACAUUUUAAAAACGCUAAAUAUUCAAAGCAAGUAUUUCUACUGAAAUACCGUUGUUUGGUAUUUGUGUUCAAUAAAAUCAAAAGCACGUUUUGUAUAGAUAGGAGAGUUGACUACAGAAAAUAUUUUCUUUCUCAAUUCAUAACUUGGCGGACAAUUUAGCUUUAAUUUUUAUUUUACACAUACAAAAUAUCCAUGAAAUAUUCAUAAGUAAUGAAUAGAUUAUUUCUUAAACAAAAAGUACUGCCAUGACCAAGGUAAGGGAAAAAUAACUUCACCUCACUUCUUCCCGCUUGGGUGUGUAUUAGUGAUGACAUGCAACUUCCCGGAACACUAAGUACAGUCACAAACACUUGUCCUCAGUGAAACAGAUAGAAAAAAGUGGCUUAUAGAAAAUCAAAUGAAACUAGCAUUAAAAAAUGAAAACUACAUGUAUUUCCACUGUGAAUAAACUUCCACACAAAGCCAGGUUGCCUGAGCUCAUUCUCAGAAGGAGGAAUAUGAUUCAUCUAUUAAAAGAUUAAUUCUCACUAUUCUAAAAAUUAAAUAGAACUCUGAGAACAAGGGCACUUCAGUGCUUUCACAUUUGGCAAUCCAGACACAGAAACUGUGGUCUGGGUAGAUUUUUAAGUACAAUUGUUUGUACUUUUCAAUUGUGUCUACAACCUUAAAGUGAACCAGCGAAGUAAACAUAUAAAGAGACCUAACUAAAAAAAGCAAAACAGAAACUGUCAAAAAUCUUUCAUCCCAGUUUUUCUCCAUGCCAUGGUAAAAUCAUUCACCACUGUUUGCAGUCAACUCCACUCAUCUCUAAAUUCUCUCCCUUUCAUCUCCUCUACCCUCCAGUGGAUGUAAACCCUGAUCACUUCUCACUUACUUGUCUGCAAAUAUAUCUUUUCUACAAGUAUGUUCUUCAGUGAGUCCUGUACAAUGUUGAAGCAUACAUAUCUUAAAAGAAAGAUCCUUUCCUAGCACUAUGAUGAUGAAGCUCACAGUGGUUCUUAACAUAAAAUGUUUGAGAAACAUUUGCUUUUUCCCUCAUAGUUUAUAAUUUAUGGUCUUCACUGGCAAAAAUAAUAAUUAUGUGAAUUUGGGAGAAUGUCAGAAUACCUGAGACGUGACCAAUAUCAUCAUAAGCAUCUUUACAUUUUUUUCAAAAGUCUCCUUAGACUUUCCCUAAAUUCUCCCUAGCUAGAUACUUCUCAUUUCAUCUUUUGAGACAUUUUUCUUUUUAAAAACUAAUACCAAGAGAUUAAUUUUAGAUCCUGGAAAGGUAUCUUCUUUUUUCUUAUCUAGAAAACUGACCAAGUAUUAUUAAAAGAAACCAAAGCACCUACCAAGCCAAUGAAGCAUUAGAAGAAACCAGACCCUAAAUAACCAGGCAAUGGCUUUGCAUUUACACAUCAACUUUGAACCAGAAAAUUCAGAACUCUUGAAAAUAUGUUUGUUAGGUCCCCCACCAUGCUAGGCUUCUUUCAAACAUUCAGUUAGUUCUGCCACAGACACAAUGAACAUUUAACCAAACAACUUAAAUACACACUGUAGGGUUCCUUUACACACAAUCUAUUAAUUACUAAAUACUAUUUCAAUUCAUUAGGCUGUUUGAGUCAAACAGACAAAUACUUAUUACAAGUCUAAUCUCAUAAAUUGAAUAUAUAAUAUAUUCUUCAAUGAAAAAUUAUAAACUAUAAAAUAGUAUGAAUAACAUCUAAGUGGAAAUACAUAAGCAUAGAAAAAAUUUAAAACUUAUGUACCAAAAAUAUUAACAGUAAUUAUCUCUCUGCAUAAUGAUGUUCCUUUUUUAUUUCUAUUUCCAGAUUUUUCUAUAAUGAACACAAAAUAAGAUAAAUAAAAUAUAUACAUUAGCUGACUCUGUAAAACACAUCUUUUUACUUCUUUUUUUAAUAAUAGGUGUCUCAGCAGGAAUAAAAACUGCAACUAUUUUUUAAAUUUUAACUUUGAAAUGCUGUGUUACUAUAUAUACUGAAAAAAUAUUUGCUUAAACACCUUAUAUCUUUAAUUAUUAAUCCCCAUCAAGGCAUGAAGAGUGAUAUUCUUUGAAAUCAUUAUGACACAAAACAUACCUUGGAUACUUUAAAAAAAAAAAAGGCUAGGUACUAAAUGAAGAUCUUUUCUCUAAAAAAUAUGACAAAUAAAUUGCUUAAGAAAGCAUACAUGAAAUUGUAUACAUUAAAAAAACUUCUUUAGGAGACUUUCAUAAAGUUAAACUACUUGCAAACCACAGUUUCAUCUACGUCAAUAUGCAACAUUUUAAAACCACACAAAAAGGAAAGGAAAUUUUUAGUAAAGCCAGCAGCCUGCAAUGGGGUUGCUACUGCUGCGGCUAACCAAACAGCUCAUGCUUCUCUGAAGACUUGCAGCAAGGCUUGCUGAGGCUCACAGAAGAUAGCCCCAGUGUUUUGGAGUGGUUUUGAAUGUGAUUCUGAGAUCAGACUGACUGAGCUGGAAUCCUGGCUUUAUAUCUUACCAGCUACACAACCUUGGAGUCUUAGAAAUUUUUUCUUUUCAAUAAGCAGUCAUCCUUACUUUCCCUCAAGAUGACAAACAGUUCGUUCUUCUGCCCAGUUUAUAAAGAUCUGGAGCCAUUCACGUAUUUUUUUUAUUUAGUUUUCCUUGUUGGAAUUAUUGGAAGUUGUUUUGCAACCUGGGCUUUUAUACAGAAGAAUACGAAUCACAGGUGUGUGAGCAUCUACUUAAUUAAUUUGCUUACAGCCGAUUUCCUGCUUACUCUGGCAUUACCAGUGAAAAUUGUUGUUGACUUGGGUGUGGCACCUUGGAAGCUGAAGAUAUUCCACUGCCAAGUAACAGCCUGCCUCAUCUAUAUCAAUAUGUAUUUAUCAAUUAUCUUCUUAGCAUUUGUCAGCAUUGACCGCUGUCUUCAGCUGACACACAGCUGCAAGAUCUACCGAAUACAAGAACCCGGAUUUGCCAAAAUGAUAUCAACCGUUGUGUGGCUAAUGGUCCUUCUUAUAAUGGUGCCAAAUAUGAUGAUUCCCAUCAAAGACAUCAAGGAAAAGUCAAAUGUGGGUUGUAUGGAGUUUAAAAAGGAAUUUGGAAGAAAUUGGCAUUUGCUGACAAAUUUCAUAUGUGUAGCAAUAUUUUUAAAUUUCUCAGCCAUCAUUUUAAUAUCCAAUUGCCUUGUAAUUCGACAGCUCUACAGAAACAAAGAUAAUGAAAAUUACCCAAAUGUGAAAAAGGCUCUCAUCAACAUACUUUUAGUGACCACGGGCUACAUCAUAUGCUUUGUUCCUUACCACAUUGUCCGAAUCCCGUAUACCCUCAGCCAGACAGAAGUCAUAACUGAUUGCUCAACCAGGAUUUCACUCUUCAAAGCCAAAGAGGCUACACUGCUCCUGGCUGUGUCGAACCUGUGCUUUGAUCCUAUCCUGUACUAUCACCUCUCAAAAGCAUUCCGCUCAAAGGUCACUGAGACUUUUGCCUCACCUAAAGAGACCAAGGCUCAGAAAGAAAAAUUAAGAUGUGAAAAUAAUGCAUAAAAGACAGGAUUUUUUGUGCUACCAAUUCUGGCCUUACUGGACCAUAAAGUUAAUUAUAGCUUUGAAAGAUUUAAAAAAAAAAACAACUCAGUACGAAAAAAUACAGUUAGCUAGCAAAUAUGGACAGGUUUACUUAGAAAUCCUGUUUCUAAAUGCAAGUCAAGCUUUAUUGUUAGGCUUGCUGCUACUCAUUAACCCAAAUAUUUGUACAAAAAACUAAAGAGUCUCAUUGAACGAAUGUAAAAUCCUGCAAUAUCCUUGAAAUCCAAAAGAGGUCCAUGACAUAGACCCAAAGGUAUUCAUGAGUUAUUCAUUUAAAUGCCUGGAACUGACUUCUUGAUAAAAAUAUAAAAAAUAAUUUCCAUGUAAGUUACCAGAAAGCCCACCAGCAACAUAAUUUUAAAGCCUUUCAGAUUACUUUUAAAAAAUGCAGCUUACAUAAAACAACUUGUGCCUAUUUUAUUUCUAAUCCAUCACUUCAAAAGAUGGUAAUCUUUCAACUCAUUACUCCUCCAAUUUUUAAUGUCGAAUUUUUUUCUAACACAAUAACCAAAAGCUUUUAUUUAUAAAAAGGCUUGAAAAAUACAGACAAUCUUUAAUGUAUUAUUUGUAAUUAUAUUCUAUCUGUAGGUUAUAAUAAAGGCUUCCUGAUGUUAGUAAUAAUACAUUUAGUGACUUCUCAUUUCUAUUUUGAAGUAACAUGAAACACAGAGGCCCUGUAACAUUUCAGAGGGAGUUGUUAAGUUAUACUAACUACUGAAACUAGUGUUUUGGAACUAGAAAAUCACAUCGAUAGCACAUCAAUGGUAAAACAGCACCAGUCAGAUGGUCUUUAUAAAACAGAUACACUGACUUCACAUAGCAAGGCCGUGUUAGGAAUGUAGCACAGGCUGAGCUACUCAGUGCCACCCAGGUCCAGAAAGAUGAACCUGACUCCACGUAGGGCCCCAGUUUAAAGUAUAGGUGACUCCAGCCGGGCGUGGUGGCUCACACACUUUGGGAGGCUGAGGUGGGCGGAUCUCAGGUCAAGGGUCAGAGAUUAGCCUGGCCCACAUGAUGAAACCCCCUCUGUACUAAAAAUACAAAAUUUAGCCUGCUGUGAUAGUGCACGCCUGUAAUCUCAGCGACUUGGGAGGCUGAGGCAGGAGAAUCAUUUGAACCUGGGAGGCAGAGGUUGCAGUGAGCUGAGACUGCGCCACUGCACUCCGGCCUGGGCAAAAAGAGCGAGACUCUGUCUCAAAUAAAUAAGUAAAUAAAUAAAUCACAAUAAAGUAUAAGCUGACUCCAGCUCUCAGAGUCACAACUCUGAUCAAAUUCUCUCCACUGCUGGUGAUGCAGAAAGAAUACACAGCAUUAAAUAAAAGACUUAUUAGGAAAAAGAAUAUUGGAAAAAUUUAGAUAAGCAUACAUGAUGACUUUGUGUUUUUUAUUUCAUUAGUAAAAUAAGCCCAUAUAAAAACCGCUGGUAAAUCCAUUUGCAUUAGCUGCAAUGAUUAAGAAAUGGUGUUCCUGAAAGCUAGGAAAACAAGUUUGAUUCCAAACUUAUUUUUGCAUUUCACAAAUUAUUUUCUAAAGCUUGAAAAUCCUAUCUACAAUUCCAUAAAAAUAUUCUGACUCUGCAGUGAAUAAUAAAUGAGAAAAUGCAUGAAGUGCCUAUUACAAAACAUACAACAAGAUAAUGCUAUACAAUUCUAGCUAGCUAAUGAUAAUGACAGAAACUCCAGCAGCCUCACACAUCUGACACAGUGUAAAUGACUUACCUCAGUUGCAGGCUGUAGAAUGCCUAUCCACUAGAACCUGUGUUUGCUGGUAGUCUAGGAAACAUGGUUCACUAAUGGGCAGAUCAAGUAUUAUUCACAGAAUAGCAUCAUGAAACUAUUUUUUCUGAAUCUUUGGUCAAGCCCCCUUUAGUCCUCUUCUCUUUGGUCUUCAUUUAGUAGGGCCCCAUAUGACAGAUGGGGACAUGGAAAACACUUUUCUUAACCAUAUUUUUAUAGUCUCCUCACAUGCAAUGAGAAGCUAGUCAGAUUUUCUCUUUUUAUUAAGGGGAAAAAAACAGACAGUAGCAUUCCUAAAGUCAGUGUUAUAUUAGCAUAUCCUUUGGCUUCUUCUGAAUUGAACUCAUGGUAACAGGGAGUUUAGGGCAACCAGUGGUGGAAGGCUAUUAAAAAAUGUAUCCUACAAUAUCAAUUGUCUAGCAGUUCUUUCAUGAAUUGUUAUAGUUAAAUUAUCUCAUGAUUCAUUAUGACAUGUGGUCACUGAAAAUCAUUUAAGCUCUUUCUUCCAAGGAAGUAGAAUGUUAAAUGCAGGGAAAGGCUGUAAAACCAAGGUCACAGGAACAACAGAAUAAAGAAGCUGAGGCUUAGUGUCCAGCUCUGACACCCAGACACCUGGGAGAGAGACAUGCAAAGCUCUGUUUACCCAAGAAAGGAACACAUAACCCUCAACCAUUCAACCAGUUUCAAACACUUUCAACAUUUUGCCAUCUUUGCUUAAUUUAUCACCCCCCUUAAUUCUUUCUUUUAAAUAAACUUUUUAUUAGAGUAAUUUCCAAUUUACAGAGAAGUUGCAAAAUAGUACAGAGAGUUCCAUACGCCAUUCAGCCAGUUUUCUCUAAUGUAAAUGACUUAAGAGAACCACAGUACAUUUGGUGAAACUAAGAAGUUAACAUUGGUAUAUUACUAUUAAAUAAACUCCGGAUGUUAAUAUUGUCUCCCUUUUUUACCCAGAAUAUUUUAAAAACAAAUCCCAGACAUCAUGAUAGUUCAUCUAUAAAUUCUUCAGGAUACAUCUCUAAAAUAUAAGGCUACCCUUUCUGCUCCCCUAAAUAAACUGUGAGAUUAUUCCAUUAUAUUAUAAAUGAAUAAUGUCUGUAGGUAACAGUAGAAAAGCACAGAUAUUAUUCAGGCAGUGAUAAAUAAGAACAAACUUUGGCAAGUUUUGACAUAUCCCUGGACAUAGAAAAAUUAACAAAAAAUGGAUUAAUUGUAAUAAGGAAAAAAAUAUGGGUUUGAUAAUUUGACAAGUUUUGAAAUGGCCCUGGACAUAGAAAAAUUACAAAAAAAAGAGACUUUUAACUGUAAUAAGAAAAAAAUAAAUGGGUUUGGUAAUUUUGAAAGUCAUUUCAGGAGAUAUUCCAAAAUACCAAAAUAAAUAAAUAAAUAAAUAACUUAACAGAAUACUUUGUUUUGCUGAUAAAAACUCCUAGAAGAUACCCAGAAAGUAAUGUAAUACAUCUACAAUUACUUUUUCUAUUUUGAGACAGAGUCUCGCUCUGUCGCCCAGGCUGGAGUGCAGUGGUGUGAUCUCGGCUCACUGCAAGGUCCACCUCCGGGGUUCACGCCAUUCUCCUGCCUCAGCCUCCUGAGAAGCUGGGACUACAGGCGCCCGCCACCAGGCCUGCUAAUUUUUUGUAUUUUUAGUAGAUACGGGGUUUCACCAUGUUAGCCAGGAUGGUCUCGAUCUCCUGAUCUCGUGAUCCGCCCACCUCGGCCUCCCAAAGUGCUGGGAUUACAGGCAUGAGCCACCACGCCCGGCCCAAUUAUGCUUUUU